GGACCAUUCAUUCAGUAAUUUUUCUACACCGCACCUGAAACGAUGUCGUAUAAUCGUGAAUGGGACCAUGGAAAGUCUUGGGAUAAUGCAGGCUAUCGAGGCUACUCGAGAGGCAGAGACGAGGAUGACUAUUAUACCGAAGGGAAGAGGAGGAAGUACAACAACGGAGGCUACCAGGAAUCAUGGUCAUCUCACCAUGACGGUGAGCAUUACGGGAAUGACAACAACUACGAUUACGAUUAUGGCUACCCCGAUAACUACAACAACUUUGGUUCUUCUGAGUACUCGCAUGACAAUCGAGACGACCGUGCUUACCGCGAUCGCGGACCUCCACGAAAGAGACAUGUGGCGAGCGAACCAAGUCCCCAUGUCAUUUUCCUUGGUUUGGAUGCAGACUUUACAGAAGUGGACCUGCAAAACUUCUUGAAGGAACGAGGAUUCGUCACUGAGACCGUCACAAUUAUACGCGAUCGGAAUACAGGUCAAUCCAAGGGUUUUGGAUUCGCCCAAUUCAGGUCUACUGAGGAGGCCCGAUCUUUCGUCGACCCGAAUUUCCCGUUCAUCUCGGUUCCUCCGCCAGUCGCCCAUGGAGCUUCUGCCGCCGCAGCGUACAGAUUGGCCGAAGAGAGCGGUGCCCCUCAUGGGGGCAAACGCGUCAAGAUCGAUUAUUCUCAGAGCGCAAGUGCGGCUGGACAUGGCAGACGUGGACCACAGUUUUCAAACGACGGCACUCGUGACAUUGGCAACUCGCAAUCUGCUGUUUUACUGUUUCGAGGACUGGACCCAUUGUCUGGGCCCGCGGCGGUGGCGCAAGCCAUGAAGUUCUCGUCAGGACCUGAUGUUGAGGGUGCCAAAGGGAUGAAACGGGUUAUUUUGAUCAAGGACAAAGCGACUAUGGCAAGCUGGGGCUAUGCAUUUGUCGAGUUCGUUGACAUUCAGGCUGCAUCGGCUGUCCUGGCGGCGACUAUGUCACCGCAAUUACAUCCAAACGGCUUUCGCAUUUCAGAUCGUCCCGUUGCAGCUUCUUUUGCUCACCCGUACUCGUUUCAAUGUAUAGAGCAUAUUAUGCACCGAGACGAGAACUGCAUUGCCUCAUCUCUGAACCUCGGGGGAGUUGAGGGAUCAUGGGCCAAGUACUGGGAUGAGUCUGCUUCGCUCGCAUCCAUGGACUUCAAAGUUGAGGAGCCCCAAUCUCAGCAGCAGACUGCGGCGGGCAAAGAGAAGAAAGACAAAGAAAAGAAACGCACUAAAGCUUCUGCCGACGGUCCCUCGCAGCCAACCGAGGCAUCGACUCUUCCUGUCUCAAACAAACCGGUUACUCUGAGUUUCAACAAAGUCGGAACGUCCGUGAAAACCGCAAACACAUCAGGAGGCGUUUCAUCUCAAGCAGCUGUUCUUCUCGCCAGUCACGAUGAAGAUGAAGCGGCUAACAACGAGCCAGACAACAAGUCUACCAGUGCUGAGGAUGAACUGGCAAAGAAAGCUCAGAGAGUUCCGCCGAUGAUAGCAAGCAGGAAGGUUGUCAACAAUAUUACGAAAUGGAAUCAGGUCCAAGAAGAAUUGAGUGGCACAGUAAAUUCUUCAUCAUCUACAGCUGCCCCCACUGUACCUUCAGGACCGCCGGCGUCGGUUACUCCAACUAAAGAAAAGCCAAAGACGCCGGAAGUCGAGACGGAGUUCGAGUUCUCUGACACUAAGGCGAUGACGUGUCUUCUUUGCUCUCGCGCAUUCAAGUCACUGGAUCAAUUGAAGAGACAUAACAAAGAGUCCGAACUUCACAAGAAAAACCUCAAAGACGCAAACUUACGUGACAUCGCACGCGAAAAAGCCCGUACAGCGAACGCAAAGAAGAAAGAUCAAUCCUCAGACACACCAAACGAUCAAUCAUCAGCACCGAAAUCGCAGUACCGCAACCGAGCGCUCGAGCGCAGGAUCCUAUUCAACCAGCCAGACGUACCUCCACCAGAAUCCGGUCAAGCGGGCAAGACGUCGAAUAACAAGCGCUCAGCUGAGGGUCCGGCUCCUGUGCCGUCGCCACCACCGCCUGCGAAGACUCCGGGAGAGGAUGCGAGUAAUAUUGGGAACAAGUUGUUGAAGAUGAUGGGUUGGACGGAGGGGAGCGGGCUUGGGACUGAGGGUGAAGGCAGGGUGGAUCCAAUUCAAACUGCUAUUUAUGCUUCUGGAGCCGGCCUUGGAUCGAGCAAAGGACGAGAAGUCGGGAAGUAUCAGGAAGGUUAUUCUGGAUAUGUUCAAAUUGCUAAGGAUGUCGCCAGAGAGCGAUAUGGGCAGUGACAAUACUCGCUUUUCGCUUUUCACUCUUGCUAUUAUUUGUAUGCUGCUUUUCGAUCUUGCUUUUACGUACAUCAACUUUGCUAUUAAGAAAUGUUUUCUUUAUUAUUAUGGAAGCAGUAAUACGAUGCAUCGAUUCGCCAUCAAGAUAUUUUAAAGUCCAGCUCAAGAAGGAAAGGGGAGAGGAGUGUAAACCUUCAGUAUCAAGCAAAUGCGAAUGCAGCAAGACCAGCAGCAAAUAAUGCUACGAUGCUAUUCUUCACGUCUCCCAUCUUCAUAGCGGCCGAGUGAGAUUGAUUGGCAUUACUGCCCGAGCCGGUCGCCGUGGCACCCGUAGAUGAAGGGACAGGAAGUGUCGAAGUCACGACGGCACUUGUAGACGCGGCGCUGACAGUUGCCGUACCCUCUUCCACAGUGAAGUACAUGCCGGCAAUGGGACCUUGAAGACCAGUGGAGUUCACGUAACUGGAGAGGGAGAAGACGGAGACGCCAGCGUUGGGAGUGGAAAGGUCCGCUGGGGGCGUGAAGUUUGCGGGUUGGGUGUAAAGCAGGAUCACGUAGCGGUGGGCGCCGCUUCCCUGAGGAGGGGCUGGACCGGCGUAGUCCGUGAUGGCAAUGCCCGAAGAGUUUACGGUGCGAUUAUUGCCCGACGCGUUUGAGAGAGACGCGUUAUUGACGAGCCAGUGACGCGUCUGACCCUUACUUUCGUCUGCGCCGACAAUAUCCGCGUCGACCAUGGUAAGUGUGAACGUGUUGCUCAACGAAACGCUAGAAUUCGAGGUGGCGAUUGAUAUGUUCGGCUGAGGUGCAACCUGAUCCUUAGAAAGCGCCUGUCCGGGCUUGAUUUGGCCUACUCCGGGAAAGGAAACAGCCAUUUCGGCGGAGGGGUUGAACGUGCUGAGGAGGUCCGGAACGAGAUGGGCAUUUUUGAAGUGGGCUUGGAUGGCCUCGAUGUCGAGCGCGGUGCUGUUGGACUGUGCGCUGACGAGGGAAACGAACGAGAGUGCUAGAAAGAGCGGGUGGAUCAUUUUUAAGUACAGUUUAAUUUAGUGGCUUUGAGCAACGAGAGUGGUGCUUGGUGGAGAGAGCAGGU